CAGGGAUUGAACCGGAAGACGCUUUCUGCGUUUGAGAAGUGGAGUGUUUGGUACUGAACAACCAAAAGUCCAGUAUGAAACUGUAUUGCCUGUCAGGGCACCCAACCUUACCAUGCAACGUGCUCAAAUUCAAGUCAACUACCAUUAUGUUGGACUGUGGACUGGACAUGACUUCCACUCUCCAUUUCCUUCCUUUGCCACUUGUUCAAAGUCCCAGGCUGUCUAAUCUUCCUGGCUGGUCCCUAAAGGAUGGAAAUGCUUUCUUGGACAAGGAACUAAAAGAGUGCUCAGGUCAUGUAUUUGUGGAUUCUGUGCCUGAAUUCUGCCUGCCAGAGACCGAGCUAAUAGAUCUGUCUACGGUAGAUGUGAUCCUCAUCUCUAACUACCACUGCAUGAUGGCACUGCCCUACAUCACUGAGCACACUGGUUUCACAGGCACAGUGUAUGCCACAGAGCCCACCGUCCAGAUCGGCAGGCUUCUAAUGGAAGAGCUGGUGAAUUUCAUUGAAAGAGUGCCCAAAGCCCAAUCUGCCUCCUUGUGGAAGAACAAGGAUAUUCAGCGGCUGCUGCCUUCUCCGCUCAAGGACACAGUGGAAGUAUCAACCUGGAGAAGAUGCUAUACAAUGCAAGAGGUGAACUCUGCCCUUAGCAAAAUCCAGCUGGUGGGAUAUUCUCAGAAAAUUGAGCUUUUCGGUGCAGUUCAGGUGACUCCGCUAAGCUCAGGCUAUGCCCUUGGAAGCUCCAACUGGAUUAUCCAGUCCCAUUAUGAGAAAGUGUCUUAUGUCUCUGGAUCCUCCUUACUUACCACACAUCCCCAGCCCAUGGACCAAGCUUCUCUCAAAAAUAGCGACGUUCUCGUUCUGACAGGCCUCACCCAGAUCCCCACCGCGAACCCAGACGGCAUGGUGGGAGAGUUCUGCAGCAACCUGGCACUGACAGUCCGAAAUGGAGGAAACGUGCUGGUUCCCUGUUACCCUUCUGGAGUGAUCUAUGACCUCCUGGAAUGCCUGUAUCAGUACAUUGACUCUGCCGGCCUCUCCAACAUCCCUUUCUACUUCAUCUCCCCCGUGGCCAACAGUUCACUUGAGUUUUCCCAGAUUUUUGCUGAGUGGCUUUGUCACAACAAACAGACUAAGGUGUAUCUCCCAGAACCACCUUUUCCUCAUGCAGAGCUCAUUCAGACCAACAAGCUGAAGCACUACCCGAGCCUCCAUGGAGACUUCAGCAGUGAUUUCCGACAGCCAUGCGUGGUAUUCACUGGGCACCCCUCCCUCCGAUUUGGGGACGUGGUCCAUUUCAUGGAGCUCUGGGGGAAAUCUAGUCUCAACACUGUCAUAUUCACAGAACCUGAUUUCUCCUACCUGGAAGCACUGGCUCCCUACCAGCCCUUGGCCAUGAAAUGCAUUUACUGCCCCAUCGAUACACGACUGAACUUCAUCCAAGUGUCGAAGCUGCUCAAAGAAGUACAGCCGCUGCACGUGGUCUGCCCCGAGCAGUACACGCAGCCGCCCCCUGCACAGUCCCACCGCAUGGACCUGAUGAUUGACUGCCAGCCGCCUGCCAUGUCCUACCGGAGGGCCGAGGUCCUCGCCUUGCCUUUCAAGCGUCGGUACGAGAAGAUUGAAAUCAUGCCAGAGCUCGCAGAUUCACUGGUGCCCAUGGAGAUUAAGCCUGGCAUUUCCUUGGCAACCGUCUCCGCGGUGCUGCACACAAAAGAUAACAAGCACGUCCUUCAGCCCCCACCCAGGCCCAUCCAGCCCGCAGGUGGAAAGAAGAGAAAGCGGGCGAGUGAUGACAUUCCAGACUGCAAAGUGCUGAAGCCGUUGCUGAGCGGCUCCAUCCCAGUAGAACAGUUCGUGCAGGCCCUGGAGAAGCAUGGCUUCAGUGAUGUUAAGGUAGAAGACACAGCAAAGGGCCAUAUUGUCCUGCUACAGGAAGCUGAGACACUCAUCCAGAUUGAGGAAGAUUCGACCCAUAUCAUAUGUGACAAUGAUGAGAUGCUCAGGGUUCGACUGCGGGACCUCGUUCUUAAAUUCCUACAGAAGUUCUAAGUGAACAUCUAAACCAUUUCUGUUUCAUUGAAACCCUUCAGUUCUUCAUUAUGGCUGCCCAGCACAAACCCAGAAAGGGCACAAAAAGUUGGCCAUAUCUUUGGUCAGUGGCUUAAGGAAUAAAGAACUGGUCCUUGAGGGAUGUGAUUAUUGGGAGUUAUGGCCAGAAUCCCCUGGAGAACUUUUGCUUUAAACUUAACACUCAUUUUCUUCCCAUUUCUGGGUAGCCAGGAAUGAUAAGGCCACUGCUUAGCUGAAGAGUAGCAUAAAAGUAACAGAAGCGGCUUCCCAAGAGGUUAAUGGUGGAAGGGUUAGGUAAGUCAGUUAUUACUGACUAAAGUGGUACAUGUUUAUUUUUCCUGGCUUCACAGGCCUUGAGCAGGGGAACUAGUCUUCGAUUUUGCUUGUCUACAGUGCUACACCCAAUAAGAAAGAUCCCCAGUCGGUAAAAUGUAAAAUGACCAUCUGUAUUUUAUAUUGUGAGCCCAUUUUGUUAAUAAAACUUAUUUUUAUAUAAGUAUCUGUUUAA